GUUUUCUUCGCUCUAGUCUGUGGGCUCGGCUCAGCGCUGAGACCCCCGCCGGCGUGUUGGCGGUGGUGGCUGAGAGGCUGGAUGAGGCCAGUGCGUCCCUGGACGCGUUGCAGCGCCGGGCGCUCUCAUGGCGGCCCCGCCAUGGGACCCUCUGCGAAAUGACUCGCUGCCACCCACACUGACUCCGGCCGUACCCCCCUAUGUGAAGCUCGGCCUCACCAUCGUCUACACCGUGUUCUACUCUUUGCUCUUUGUGUUCAUCUACGUGCAGCUGUGGCUAGUGCUGCGCUACCGCCACAAGCGGCUCAGCUACCAGAGCGUCUUCCUCUUCCUCUGCCUCUUCUGGGCCUCCCUCCGUACUGUCCUCUUCUCUUUCUACUUCAGAGACUUCGUGGCGGCCAAUUCGCUCAGCCCCUUCCUCUUCUGGCUGCUCUACUGCUUCCCUGUGUGCCUCCAGUUCUUCACUCUGACGCUGAUGAACUUGUACUUCACACAGGUGAUUUUCAAAGCAAAGUCAAAAUAUUCCCCAGAAUUACUCAAAUAUCGAUUGCCACUUUACCUGGUGUCCUUCUUUGUCAGUCUCUUGUUCCUGCUGGUGAAUUUGACCUGCGCAGUACUGGUGAAGACAGGGACCUGGGAGAGGAAGGCCAUUGUCUCAGUGCGUGUGGCUAUCAAUGACACACUUUUUGUACUGUGUGCUGUCUCUCUCUCCCUCUGUCUCUUCAAAAUUUCCAAGAUGUCAUUAGCCAACAUUUACCUGGAGUCUAAGGGCUCCUCUGUGUGUCAAGUCACUGCAAUUGGUGUGACCAUCAUUCUGUUGUAUACAUCUCGAGCCUGCUACAACCUGUUCAUCUUAUCAUUUUCUCAGAACAAGAAUGUCCAUUCUUUUGACUACGACUGGUACAAUGUAUCAGACCAGGCAGAUUUGAAAAAUCAGCUGGGAGAUGCUGGAUAUGUCAUAUUUGGAGUGGUGCUGUUUGUAUGGGAGCUUUUACCUACUACUUUAGUAGUUUAUUUCUUCCGAGUCAGAAAUCCUACAAAGGACCUUACUAACCCUGGAAUGGUCCCCAGCCACGGAUUCAGUCCGAGAUCAUAUUUCUUUGACAACCCACGAAGAUAUGACAGUGAUGAUGAUCUCGCCUGGAACACUGCCCCUCAGGGACUUCAGGGAAGUUUUACUACAGACUAUUAUGAUUGGGGACAACAAACUAACAGCUUCAUGGCACAAGUAGGAACUUUACAACAAGACUCAACUUUGGAUCCUGACAAACCAAGCCGUGGGUAG